AUGGGUUCGAUAUCUAAUGUUUCGGGACUCGGAUAUAUCCUCUCCACUAGACUUGUUGAUAUAGGAGCCCAAGUCGUCCAAAAUAAAAGAGUCUCAGAAGAAUCCUUUUAUCGACCACUCAACUUGGUUAAGAAUGAAAAGAGAGAGUUUUCUAACCUGGCCCAAGCCAGAUCUGAAACCGGCAUACUUCAUCCAAGAGAAAGUGAUAAUAUUUCUAUAGACAAAGACAACCCUUUGAAUUCGAAGGUGAAUAUCUUCUCGUCCUCUUUCCGCACCAAGCCUUCGGCUGAAUGGAAUGACCCUAUCGCUCCUAUACUCGGUCUUUGGACACCUGUGUUCCCUUCUUCAAACAUUUCAAAAUCAGUUCUUGCGAUAAAUGGUUCGAUGGCCGACCGUCCACGGAAGGUUGGCAAGCUUGCAGUAUUCGCCGACUCUACUUGCCUUGAUUCUACGCAUUUAAAUGAAAGUAUGUGUGAAUAUUUUAGCAUUAACCUAAACCAAAUCAUUUAA